GUCAAAAUUCGUUUUCUUUUGCUAGACUAUCAUGGCAGCGACAUGAUGAAAUUGUUCUUGUCCUUUUUCUUUCGCCUAGACGAACCACGUAUAUGCUGCGAGAACACACCACAAAAGCACAAAGAUGAUCCAUCAAAGUCGACGAUGCAUGACGGUAGCUGUCUGUCAUUGAAUUCACAUAUAGCCAUCCUCCGAUCCGAGCCUUUCUAGCAUCAUCGACGGAAGCAUGGGAGUCAAAGAAUAAUACUAGCCCAGAUUCGCUUUACACGUAGCUUUCUCAAUUUGGUCACCGUAAAUAGUACCCCCAAUCCCAUCCUUUGUGAACGAAUCUAGCCGCCUGUCACACGUCAGAAUACAACUACGGGGAGGAGGUGCUGGUGCCAAUCGUUGAUAUGGAUGCAGUACGAGGCAAUGUGCUAUAGGGCCAGGACCAUGUGUAGGUAGCCGAGAUGCUCGAUCGCCUCGUGUCGUCGACGGAACAAUUUUGUUGUUUUGUUUCUUGCGCCCGUCGGCGUACGUGCCGUUGAGGCUCAACCAAAAGUCUCCCUAGAUUCCGCCCGGGUACACAUGAUCCUCGUCGUCUUGUCCUCGCGUACUAGACUUCACACUGCACACCGGAUCUUUCUCUCCCAGCAGCACCAGGCAGCAAAGCUAAGCGGACUGCGUUAUAUACUGAGCAUACGCCAGGGAGCUCACUUCCUGCUCAGUCUUGGCCGUGGCCGGAGUCCGGAGAGGAGGAAGCAACGACAGACCGAUCGAGAUGUUUGAAGGGAGCUACGGCGGCGGUUGUGCUGCCGGGGCAGAAGCGGCGCUGUCGCGGGACCCGAAGCAGCGGCUGCGGUGGACGCCGGAGCUCCACCGGCGCUUCGUCGACGCCGUCGCCAAGCUCGGCGGCCCGGACAAAGCGACGCCCAAGUCGGUGCUCAGGCUGAUGGGCAUCAAAGGCCUCACUCUGUUCCAUCUCAAAAGCCACCUUCAGAAGUACAGGAUGGGAAGGCAAACUAAGAAAGCCACAGACCUGGAACUAGCAAGCAGUGGUGGAUUUGCAGCGGGAGACAUCAGUUUCUCAAUCGGAACGCCUCGUCUUGUUCCUGCUGGAGAUGACAACAGAGAAAUAUCACCCACAGAUACACUCAGGUAUCAAAUUCAGGUCCAAAGAAAACUGCAUGAACAACUCGAGGUGCAAAAGAAGCUGCAUGCGCGAAUAGAGGCUCAAGGGAGGUAUUUAAAGGCAAUACUAGAGAAAGCCAAGAAAAAUAUUUCUGUUGACAUAAAUGGAUCUCCCAACAUAGAAUCAACAAGAUCACAGUUCAUGGAUUUCAACCUAGAUCUUUUAGGUUUGAUGGACAAUGGAACACAGAUGUAUGAAGAAAACAGUGAACAAUUGAUGAAAGCUAUAUCUGAUAACAAUCUUAAAGAUAAUAAUUUAGAUUUCCAGCUCUACGAUGUAGGAAGCCAGGAGGCUAAGAAUGUCAGAUGCACUCCGAGAACUGAAGACCUGCUCCUAUUAGACUUGAAUAUUAAAGGAGGACAUGACCUCUCUUCUACAGGAAUGCAAUGAUGUGAGUUCGACUUGAAGAUCAACCAGCAGAAAGGAUACAGAUUCCUUGGAGAGGGCAGACAGUUUUGGGAAAUUUCAACAUUUGCUAUUAGAACAUUUUUACCUGUGCCAAUGUUGAGGAUGCUUGGUCACGAGCUUGAUUUACUCUGUGGUAAUGCUAAAUUUACUGAAGAAAAUUAUAAAUGCUUGAAGCAUGCAGUGUAUACAUAUGUACAGUGAAGCUGGAGAAUGAGACAACAUAUGAGAAUCUAGCAUCAAGAUAUAUGCAUAUUCUAAGUUUUAGUUUUUUUACCAUGAAUUGCGCAAUUUGACGUUUUUUUACGUCAGGUAGGGCAAUCAGAAUAAACCUGAUCAGUUUGAUCAGAAGUUCAGAACUAUAUUCAGCAUUUCCAGUUUUAGGUCU